UGCCGACUUCAAACUUUCAAAGCUGUGCACAAGCCAUGAACCCUAAUUCAUUAUAUCGAUUGCAGAAGUCUAUUCACAUGCCGCUUUAUCCUUUCAAAGCUGCGCACAAGCCAUCUCCUUCCCUUAACCUAAUUCUUAGUUGUUGAAACUUGGGAGCUUGAAAUCUUGGGUGGUCAGUGUCUUAGUGCAAGGUUUUCAUGUAAGUGGCAGCAAACCUUAAUCCUUCUUGAGAAACAAAUGGCAGAUUCCUCCUGUUGUGAAGACAAUGCUAACAUAGUUGAUUUUGACCUCACAAUUGAAUCAAUGGAGGAGGACACUUGUGUUGCACAAAAGAGGAAGCAACCAUCAGCCUCAAAUGUUGGUGCUUUGCCUCCUAAAGGUCCAAAACAAAAGCAAAAAAAAGAAAUAGCGCCAAGAUCAAAGGUAUGGGAGCACUUCACAAAGUUUGGUCCAACACUAGAUAAGUGUAGAUGUAACUACUGCUCUAAAGAAUAUCAGUGUGGGUCGGUAAAGUGUGGAACUAGUACUCUGAAAGCUCAUAAUGAAAAAUGCCAAGAGUUUAAGAACCAUCUUGAAAGGCAAACCCAAAAAAAUCUUACUUGUGUUAAUAUAAACUAGAUUCUCACCCGGAUGAAAAUUUACAAAAACACAAUUAUCUUUUUGACCGGCCCGAAUAAAAAAAUCCCGGACAGAACCCGAAAUUUCGGGCUCAUUAAUCGGCCCUGAAAUCUAUAACCCGGCCUGGUCCGAUAAAAACCCGAAACAAUUAGCUUUAAUAUAAAAUCAAUAUAAUAUACCAAUAUAAUUUAUAAAUUAAUUCCUAAUAUAUGAUUAUAAUCAUUGUGGAUGAAAAAAUGAUUGAAUAACUUUUAGUGACUUCAAAUAUGUUCAAUUUAUUUACCGUAAUGACCAUGAAAACAUAUUUAUAAAUUUAGUCACAUUUUUAUCCAUAAAUUUUAUUUCGUAAAUUUUUUAGAACACCUAUAUUAUUUAUUUUUAUGCAUCUUAAACAAAGUAGUAUCAUAAUUGUCUUCUUUGGAUUUGAAUUCUUGGUUAUUUUGGAGACUAAUAAUUGUGUUAUUAUUUGCGGUUUGUACUUUUUAUUAAUUUUAUUUGAAAAUAGAUUUUAAAUUAUAAAAGAAAAAUGCGAUGAUUUCAUAUUCGGGCUUUAACCGGCCCACCCCGAACCCGGGCCGAACCCGGAAUACAAAAAACCCGACUCGGACCGAAUAUAUUGGGUUUUGUUUCGGUCCCUAAUUUUCAUAACCCGCGAUCUUACGGGUAAUUUCCGGGUUUAGCAAAUCUCGACCCGGACCGGACCGAUCUCACCCCUAAUUAAGAGCUCGCUUGAUGACCAUGUUUUUCAGUUUAUCAUGCUUAUCAUACAAUUUUAUCAUCAAACACGUAAUAAGAAAAAGUAAGGUUGAAGUUACUUUUCUGACUGUAGUGGCUGAAGUUACUAUAGAUGAUCAUUUUAUAUAUUCUUUUUCAUAUAAUUUUUAUAUAUUUUACUAAUCAAAAAUAUUCUAAAUGUACUUUUUUAUAAAUACGCAGAAUCAGUCGAUGCAACCACUUCAACCAGAACUUCAUUAAUUUCAAUAGAAUCGACCAGUUCAAGUAAUUUUUUGAGUUACCAACUGACCUCUAAAUUUUUGGAAUUUAUUUAUACGGUGCACAACCCAUAUUUAUACGAAUAUGGUGCACAACCCAUAUUUCGACCUAAUGUAUGAGUACAAAAUGCACCAUAUUGAUGUAUGAGUAUGUAUUUGAAGCUUGGAAAUUUCUUGAAAUGACAUUAAGUCAGCAUUAAAUGCAUGUACUUGGCUUGGAGCUAUGACAUUAAAUGCCUGUACCUCAUUUUUUUACUAAUGCCCAUAUUUAAAUUCAAUUGGUACGAAUACAAAUCUAAAAGUUUUGAUAUGACAUUGCUGCGGUAAAUCAAAUCCACAUUAAAUGUUGUACUUGACUUGGAGCUAUGCCUAUUUUGCUGAACAACCCCUACUUUGAUCCAUCAAACUGGGCGGGAAAGUUGGCCUAUAUUUCCACGGCGUUUUGUAUAUAGGAAGAUGAUAGUGUUGGUGGUCAACUUGUGGCCAUUGGAUUUAGUCAAGACGCAUGUAGAAUGGCAUUAGUUAAGAUGGUGAUUUUAGAUGAAUUGGCAUUGCGUUUUGUAGAAGGGGCGGGGUUUAGACAUUUCUGUAGUGUUGCUUGUCCUAAAUUUGUUGUCCCAUCAAGAAGAACACUCGCUAGGGAUAUUAUGGAACUCCAUUUGAAAGAAAAAUCUGCCCUAAGGAGUUUGUUCAACAAACAAACAAUUUCUUUGACAACUGAUAUAUGGACAACUAACACUACCACUGUUAGUUAUAUGGUCAUCACUGCACACUUUAUUGAUGUGAAUUUCCAGUUGCAUAGGAGAAUCAUUAGUUUCAAGCCAGUUUGUGAUCAUAAAGGAGAGACAAUUGCUAAACAAAUAGAGAGCUGCUUGAUUGAUUGGGGUAUUAAGAAGGUGUUCACUGUUACCGUAGACAAUGCUACUGCAAAUGAUAAUACAAUUAGGAUCUUGAAAAGUAACCUAGGUUUUUGGAGAGAUGAUCCUUUACUUUUUGACGGUGAGUUCAUGCAUGUGCGUUGUUGUGCACAUAUAUUGAAUUUGAUUGCAAGAGAUGGUUUGGCCGAUAUAAGCGAUAGUGUUGUUAGUGUCCGUAACGCAGUGAAGUAUGUGAGGUCAUCUAAUGCUAGGUUUCAAGCUUUUCAAAAGCGUUCUGACCUUGAUAAGCUGAUUAGAGGGAGUUUGAUUUUGGACAACAACAUUAGGUGGAAUUAUACUUACCUCAUGUUGACUACAACACUUAAGCAUAGGGGAGCUUUUGAUAAAAUGGUUGUUGAAGAUAAGUUGUAUGAUGGUUACUUUCUAGAAGACGAAAAGGGUAAAAAAAGAGUUGGACCGCCAAAACUCAAUGAUUGGGAGAAUGUUCGGCGAUUUAAGAUUUUUAAAAAUCUUCUAUGAUUCAACUUUAUUUUUUUUCUGCAUCUAAAAGUGUGACGACUAGUUGUUGCUAUAAUGAGAUAUGCUCACUUGAAAUGAAUCUAAAAUCAGUAAUCAGCAACUCUGAUCCCAAGUUCAAUAAGGCUGCCAGUGAUAUGAAAAGCAAGUUUGAAAAAUAUUGGGGGGGUGUGGAGAUUAACAAACUACUCAUUAUUGCGAGUGUGUUUGAUCCAAGAAGUAAAAUGACUUUUGUGACCAUUUGUUUGGAGAAAUUACAUGGUAAAGAUAGUGUGAAGUGUAUUCAAAUGAAAGAAGCGGUCGUAGAAGUGCUACGUAGGUUGUAUGAAGAAUAUAGUGCAUUACAUUCUAAAAAGUGUAGUGCACUUGCAUGUGAAAGUGAAAGCGGAAGUGUCAAUCAAUCUUGUUCCUUAAGUGAGAGUAAUUCACACGGUUUCUUGAAUUUGGAUGGCGAUGAUGGAUUUGAAAAUCUGUUUUCUGAAUAUUCUCAAAUGGUUAGUGAAAAGGGAAGUUUGGAAGAAACAUCUACCGAAUUAGAUGUAUAUUUGGUGGAAAAAGUUGAGAUGCCAUCACACAAUAGAUUGGGCAUGCAUUUCGAUAUCACAUCAUGGUGGAGGGGACAUAGUGUGAAAUUUUCAGUUUUGGCUGAAAUGACAAGAGAUGUUCUUGCAAUUCAAGUUUCAACGGUUGCAUCCGAAUCUGCCUUUAGCACAUGAGGUCGUGUUUUAGAUCCAUAUAGGAGUUGUCUAACUCCUAAUAUGCUUGAGGCGCUGAUUUUGACACAAGACAGGUUACGUUCAUCAUUUGAUUAUGAUGCAAAAGCGAGCCUUCACCAAAUAGUAGAGGAAACAGAGUUUAUGGAUUCAAUGGCUGAAGAGCUCCGUAAGUUAAGCAAUCAACAAGGUGAUAUUUGAUAUCGAUGCUUGGUCAAGAAUACUGAAGUUUUAUUUUUCCAGGUAUGGCUGCAGGGAGUUUGCACGGAUGUAGGCACUUAGUGCAGGUGCAGGCAGUAUGCAUAUUUGGAGACAUUUUGAAAUUUUUUGUUUUUCCUUGAACUGUGAUAUGCAAGUGGCUCUUGUAAGCUAGUGUGUCAAACUUUCUUUGGUUUAGCAUGUGCAGACAGUAUGUUUAAACUAUGAACUUUCUUUGACUCUUGUAAACUUGUGUGUGCUGCAGGCAGUAUGUUUAAGCUAUGUAGUAUGUACACUUGCAUUUAUGUUAAUCAUUAGUAUGUGAAGGCAGG